AUGAAGAAACUGGGCAGUUCAGAUCUGGAGGACUCGGAAACGAUGGAUGACCACACAGAUGGCGAGGAUUCUGCCACCGGCACCCCCAACGGCACUAAGCUGACUAAGCAGAGCAUCUUUGCCAGGCGGGCACGCUUUGGGAUUGGGGACAGCGAUAAGGACGUGGCACCCAUGGACUCCUUCUACCAAAUGGAGCACCUGGAGUCCAAUCCCAUCAUCAAGUUUAGCCUUUCCUUGGAAAGAGGGAGAUGCUCUAACCAUGCCCCCUUUCUCCACAUCAGCCCUCUGUCCAUGGAUCCUAUGGAUGGGCAUGCUGAGAAGUGUUUAAAGCUCUACGACCGAAGGAGACUCUUUGACGCAGUGGCCAACGGUGAUCCGAGCGAGUUGGAUGGCCUGUUGUCGUAUCUUCUUGACACUACGAAGCAACUCACAGACGAUGAGUUCAAAGAACCAGAAACUGGGAAAACUUGCCUCUUGAAAGCCAUGUUGAAUCUGCACAGAGGCCAGAAUGACACGAUUCCUGUGUUGCUGGAGAUUGCGGAGAAAACCGAAAAUCUGAAAGAGUUUGUGAAUUCCGAGUACAAAGACAACUACUACAAAGGUCAGACUGCACUCCACAUCGCCAUUGAAAGACGAAACAUCUACUUGGUGAAAUUGCUGGUCAAGAAUGGGGCAGAUGUCCAAGCAAGAGCCCACGGCGAGUUCUUCCAGAAGACCAAAGGGAGGCCAGGAUUUUAUUUUGGCGAACUUCCUCUCUCCUUGGCAGCCUGCACCAACCAGCUCAACAUAGUGAAAUACCUUCUGGAGAAUCCCUACCAUCCGGCCAAUAUCGCUGCUCAGGAUUCCAUGGGUAACACAGUCCUGCAUGCACUGGUCGAGAUCGCUGAUGACACGGAAGACAACACCAAGUUUGUCACCAAGAUGUACAAUGACAUCCUCAUCCUGGGAGCCAAGAAGAACCCGACCCUCAAGCUGGAAGAGAUCACCAACCGCCGAGGACUGGCACCGCUGACCCUCGCGGCAAAGACUGGGAAGAUACGGAUCUUUGCCUACAUUCUCAGACGAGAAAUCAAAGAGCCCGAGUGCCGGCAUCUGUCACGGAAGUUCACCGAAUGGGCCUAUGGGCCGGUCCAUUCGUCUCUCUACGACCUCUCUGGCAUUGAUACCUGCGAGAGAAAUUCCGUUCUGGAGAUAAUUGCUUACAGCAGUGAAACACCGAACCGUCAUGAAAUGCUGCUGGUAGAACCGCUCAAUCGGCUCCUGCAGGACAAGUGGGACCGCUUCGUGAAGCACCUUUUCUACUUCAACUUCUUCAUCUACGCCGCCCACGUCAUCAUUCUCACUGUUGCCGCGUACUACAGACCAACCAAAAAAGGCGAGAAGCCACCCUUUGCGCUGAAUCAUACAACUGGUGAAUACCUCCGAAGCACUGGAGAAAUCCUAAGCGUUCUGGGAGGCGCCUAUUUCUUUUUCAGAGGGAUCAAGUAUUUCCAGCAGAGACGCCCCUCCCUGAAGGCCCUCGUCACUGACAGCCACAGCGAAGUCCUCUUCUUCACCCACUCCGUUCUCCUCUUGGGCGCCGCAGUGCUAUACUUCCUGGGUGAAGAGCUGUACGUGGCCUUUGUGGUUUUUGCCUUGGCGAUGGGCUGGACCAACUUGCUCUACUACACUCGUGGCUUCCAGCAGAUGGGCAUCUACUCGGUCAUGCUUGAGAAGAUGAUGAUGAGAGAUCUGUUCCGUUUCAUCGUGGUCUACCUUCUCUUCCACUUGGGAUUUUCAACAGCGGUGGUGACCCUCAUCGAGGACGGUGAAGAGGGGCAGGAGUUGAACCAAAGCUAUUGUGUCCACCCAUGCCAGGCCAAGCGUGGCCGCACCUCCGCGGCAUACAACAGCCUGUACUACACCUGCCUGGAGCUCUUCAAGUUCACCAUCGGGAUGGGCGACUUGGAAUUCACGGAGAACUAUCGUUUCAAGCCCGUCUUUGUCCUUCUGCUGGUGAUCUACGUCAUCCUUACCUACAUUCUGCUCCUAAACAUGCUCAUCGCCCUCAUGGGAGAAACCGUCAACAAGAUCUCCCAGGAAAGCAAAAGUAUUUGGAAGCUCCAGCGAGCCAUCACCAUCUUGAAUAUUGAAAAUAGCUACUGGAACUGCAUUGUCAAUCCUUUCCGGUCUGGGAAACGAGUUUUGGUAGGGAUUACCCCCGAUGGCAAAGAUGAUUACAGGUGGUGCUUCAGGGUGGAUGAGGUGAACUGGUCCACAUGGAACACCAACCUGGGUAUCAACGAAGACCCUGGCGGAUACAGCGAAGAGCUGAAACGCAACCUCAGUUUUGCCUUUAAGUAUGGGAGAGUUUCAGGGAAAAACUGGAAGACUUUGGUUCCGAUGUUGCGGGAUGGCAAGCGAGAAGGCUCACUCAAGCCCAUUUCAGAAGAUGACUUGGAUUCAGAAGACCAACGGGCCCGGAAGAAGUCGCUCCCAAACCCAGUCUUAUGACAAGUCGGAUCCAUGGCCUGUGGUUCCCCCACCCACCUUUAGAUUUGGAUUCAUA